CGGGGCCAGGCUGCGGCUCAGCGCCGGGCUGCGGCGGGGAAGCAGGGGUAGACUGGCUGCGCUGGGCCUGGAGCAUCAGAUAGAAGAGGAGUCAUGUCAGAAGAAACGGUGAGCGAAUCACAGUUUUCCUUGAAGACAGCAGCGCUGAGAGUGUUUGAUCUUCCUCUGUCUUGGUAUUAUUCUCUCUGCCAGAUCAAAUUUUCGCCAGUAGCUAAAAAGUUAUUCAUGGUAACUGCAGUGAGCGCUGUGUCUGUAAUUUUUCUGGCCCAUCACUUUAAAAGAAGACGUGGAAAAAAGAAAGGAAAAAUAUUACCAUGGGAACCAGAGCACCUCAUACUUGAAUACACUAAAAGAGCAGCGUCAGACAAAGGUUCAAGUUGUUCCAGUAGCAGACAGAAUUUGACAUUAUCUUUAAGUUCUGCCAAAGACAAAGGAUCUCAGUCUUGUAACUAUGCUAAUGGAGGACUCUUCAGUAAAUACUCAGGUUCUGCACAGAGUUUAGCCUCUGUCCAGAGUGUCAAUUCUUGUCAUAGCUGUGCUUGUGGCAAUUCUAAUUCCUGGGACAAAGCAGAUGAAGAUGAUAUUAAACUUGUUAAUAUUCCUGUGACGACUCCGGAGAACUUAUAUUUGAUGGGUAUGGAAUUGUUUGAAGAGGCAUUGCGUCGAUGGGAACAAGCUCUAACUUUUCGAAAUAGACAGGCUGAAGAUGAAGCCUGUGGUUCCAUUAAAUUGGGUGCAGGAGAUGCCAUUGCAGAAGAGAGUGUAGAUGAUAUUAUUAGUACUGAAUUUAUCCAUAAACUUGAAUCUCUGUUGCAAAGAGCAUAUCGUCUUCAAGAGGAGUUUGAAGCUACCUUGGGGGCAUCUGAUCCUAAUUCCCUUGUUAAUGAUACUGAUAAAGAUACAGAUAUCACCACGAAAGGGAACGCGGAUGACUUCGGCCUGAGAGACACCUCGAGUGUCGCAUCUGCUGAUUCCUUUGCUUCAGCAGCAGAGCUUGCAGAGCACAAAGAAGUGCGGCAUACCUACAGCCUGGAGUCCCUUUGCCACUGCCCUUUUUACGAAGAGGCCAUGCGCUUAGUUGAAGAAGGAAAAAUUUACUCGAGAGUGCUUAGAACUGAAAUGUUGGAGUGCCUAGGAGACAGUGAUUUUCUUGCCAAACUUCACUGUAUUCGACAGGCUUUUCAGGUAAUUCUUUCAGAAACAGCCAACAGGAUAUUCCUUGCUGAGAGUGGAAGGAAAAUUUUGUCAGCGUUAAUUGUAAAAGCACGAAAGAAUCCAAAGAAGUUUGAAGAUGUUUUUGAUGAAAUGAUCUAUUUUUUAGAGCAGACUGAUCACUGGGAUAAUACUGAAAUGGAACUUGCUGCUAGAGGAGUACAAAAUCUAAACUUUUAUGAUGUUGUUUUGGAUUUUAUAUUAAUGGAUUCCUUUGAAGAUUUAGAAAACCCACCUACAUCCAUACAGAAUGUAGUAAAUAAUCGCUGGCUAAACUCCUCCUUCAAAGAAACUGCUGUGGCUUCAAGUUGUUGGUCAGUGUUGAAACAGAAAAGGCAACAGAUGAAGAUCCCAGAUGGAUUUUUUGCCCACUUUUAUGCCAUUUGUGAGCAGAUCAGCCCUGUCCUAGCCUGGGGCUUUUUGGGUCCUAGAAAUUCUCUAUAUGAUUUAUGUUGCUUCUUCAAGAAUCAAGUUCUUUUCUUUCUCAAAGACAUUUUUGAUUUUGAGAAGGUGCGCUAUUCCAGUAUAGAGUCUCUAGCUGAAGACCUCAUGCAGUUGCUUGUUCGCCGCACUGAACUUUUAAUGGCCUGUCUUGGAGCUGAUGCACUGAGGCAUACAAGUAGCUGUUUAAAUAGUCAUGUUCCUGUUAUGCCCAGUGGCCUAUUAGAAGCCAAAGUACAAUAA